AUAACAACAACGCGCAGACACAACAGAACGCCAUGGAGGUGACAGAGACUCCGCUUCUGACGAGGACCAACAGCAUGGAGAGCUCCACGAGCGCGGCAGACUCGCUGCAUUCGCAGCGUGAUGCAGAUCUCCUAGGUCUGCCGAGGGACCUCGAUGGCGCCCCCAUUGAGCCCUAUCCAACGACUACCCUGACGGACCUCGUUCAUACCUUUUUCGCAAAUACGCCCCAUCUCGACAUGGAUAUACUCGAUCGGAAGCUGCGUUCUGCCUCGGACAAGGUUCGACAACGCGUCCGUAGGAAAGGCGAGAAGCAAGGGGACGGACGUGGUGGCGGUAGCAAGACCGCAGGUCGAGAACGACGGCGAGCCGAGAUCCGCCGGUUGCGAGAGAAGGUGUCAAAGCGGAUAGAUUCACUGAGCACGCAAUGGGACGACGCCAAGAACGUCAGGCUGCGAGACAAAAUCUGUUUCAUGGUCGGUGUCAUGAACCUGGUCGUCAGCAGUCUCAUCUUCGCCUAUAAGCCAGCAUGGAUGCCGCUCAGCUACACGAUCCAGACAACGUACUUCUUGCCCCUCCGCGUGUACUCAUACACUCGCAAGAAGUGGACCUACUUUCUAUUUGAUUACUGUUACUUCUCCAACGUGCUCAACUUGGCCUAUUUAUGGCUAUUUCCGCAGAGUCAGUUCCUCUUUACGGUCGCCUACUGUGCCGCCCACGGUCCUCUGGCCUUCAGCAUCGCGACCUGGCGAAAUUCGGCUGUCUUUCACUCGCUCGAGAAAAUGUGUUCCCUCUUCAUACAUCUAUACCCGCCAAUUGUCUUUACGGCCAUCCGACACUUCAUGGACAAGAAGGAACGCGAGUCUCGAUUCCCAGCGCUGCGGGCUCUACCAAGCCUCGACGGCUGGACUGCAUUUACCUUUAACGUCUCCUUCUACCUGUUCUGGCAACUGUGCUACUUUGUGCUCAUUACUAAACGCAAGGCCGACAAGAUUGCGUCUGGAGAACGUAUCAACAGCUACUCGACCAUGGCCAAGGGCAAGGGGCCCGUAGCCAAUCUGCUCCAAAAGGUGUCGGUCAACCGGCGAGAGUUUGCUUUCAUGCUGCUGCAAAUGGCCUACACCAUCAUCUGCACCCUGCCCGCCCCUCUGCUGUUCUAUAAUUCCAAGCGGGCUAGCGCCGUGUUCAUCCUCUUCCUUAUUCUCCUCUCGGUAUGGAAUGGCGCGGGUUACUAUGUCGAAGUGCUCUUCAAAAAGUCUGCUGAGCUUCAACGUGAGCUGGAGGCGCUCAAACACGAGAUCGAGGCUGCUCAAACGGCCGCCGCUUCGGCGUCUGGUGAGAGCGAAGCCGGCGGGACUAGCCAUCCGCCCACGGCACCAGGCAGCGAGGCGGGUGACGAUGACGAGCAAGACGUCGAAGACGUCGAGACAAGGCAUGACGGUUCAAUGCGCAAAGACAAGGAUGCGUGAAAUGGCAUUUGGAAUGUUAAUGAAGAUACAUUGC